AGAGCGGAUGGAUAUCCGCAGCUGUUGCCAGUCAUUUCCUUAUGUGGAGCGGAGUGAUCUGGGGGGGGCUGGGCCUCGCUGAUCUGUGAAAACAACUUUACAACUACUUAUGAUUUCUAAUCGAUCCCUAUCAAUUUCCUCCUGAAAGUGACCCCGGUGUUUCCCACGCGGUUCCGCGGCGGCUCCCUGGGAAAGCCAGCGGACUCCCGGCCUGUUCCUGGCGGACACAGGCUCGACUUGUUGCUGAAGAAGCCUGUAAGAGCCUAGCUUAGCCCCGUUAGCCCGCAGCUAGCGGUGAGGCUAGCUGUUUCUGCCCCGGCGGGGAGCUCCGAGCUCCGCGGAGGGUCGCUGCUGCCCCCCGUGACAAGAGCUCCACCGCGCCGGGAGUAUCCAUCUUCCAGGCAGUCGGAGGGACGCUGAUCGGGAUGCUGGCAGGCAGCAGGCCCGAAAUCAACUCCAGAACCGGCCCGGGUCGGAUGGGCAGCAUGAACAAAGCCGGACCGGUACCGGACACAGCCCAAGAGACCGAGGGGGGGCCACUGGAAGACCGCGACUACAGCACCGAGGUGGUGUUCAGUGGCUCCGAUCAGGACUCGGACUCUGGGGAGGACGAAGACACGGUGGGGGCGGGCGGGGACCGGAGGGGCGUGAAGCGGGAGAGGAGCGAGCGGGAGGUCGGGCAUCAGGCGGCGCAGAGCUCCGGAGGCCUUAGCGGGGCGUACGGCGGAGUGAGGCCCGGGGCGGCAGGGGUGAAGCCCGGCAAGAAGACCCGAGGCAGGGUGAAGAUCAAGAUGGAGUUCAUAGACAACAAACUGAGGAGGUACACCACGUUCAGCAAGAGGAAGACCGGCAUCAUGAAGAAGGCGUACGAGCUGUCCACACUUACAGGUACGCAGGUGUUGCUGCUGGUUGCCAGCGAAACAGGCCAUGUGUACACCUUUGCUACCAGGAAGCUGCAGCCGAUGAUCACGUCAGAGACGGGGAAGGCUCUGAUCCAGACCUGCCUGAACUCACCUGAUUCGCCGCCGCGCUCCGACCCCUCCUCUGACCAGAGGAUGAGUGCCACGGGCUUUGAGGAGACUGACCUCACCUACCAGGUGUCAGAAGCUGACGGCUGUUCAGAAGGUGCCAAGGAUAUGAUCAAACCGGCCUUCAGCCUGCCUGGCUCCACCUCCUCCUCCUCUUCUACAUCCUCCACUUCAUCCUCAGCGUCCCUGCAGGUGCAGACAAGCGCCCCCUCCUGGCAGCCACCAUCCACAACCACCAAUGGGACACUGCUGAAGACAUCAGCCGGGGUCGUGCUUCCUGGAGGCUUCACCUUGAUGUCAGGUGCCUCGCUUCCCCCUGGUACACACACCAUCCCUCUCAGCCAGCUGCAGGGCCAGCCUGUGGCCAUCCAGGGCCCCGUGGCCCCAGGCCCCACCCCCACACUGCACGCUCCAUCCACACAAUCGGCCACGCUGCUGCGGCUUCCCGCCACCAUGUCACUGUCAGGACCUGGAAUCUCUCAGCAACUCCAGACAAUCCAGGUACAGACCAGCAGCCAGCAGGCUGGCUCCAAUCAGAGCAUCUCUGACAUCCACAGCCCCGCCUCCUCCACAGCGAGUCUUCCUGUCUCCAUAGUCUCCUCCCCUUCCUCAUCCUCUUCCUCAGUAGCAGGUCACAUGAUGUACCCUGGCAGUCACACGGUGAUGUAUGCCGCAUCAUCGCCCUCGCUGGGCGAUGGCAGCCUCACCGUCCUCAACACCUUCCCUCCAGCAGGCCACGCCCAGUCACAUGACCCAGCCACCGUCCCACAGGUCUUCCUCACCUCCCUCCCUCCAGUUGCCGCCCAGAUCCCAGUUUCUGCAGUGCAGCUGCACCCGAUGGUCAUCAGUCAGCAGAGCAGCAACAACCUGACAGAGCUGCAGGUUGUCAGUCUGGACGUCCACCAAUCAAAAGACGACUGAGAGACGGACACACACACACACACAGAUGAUUUGUUUACUUUGUUGUGGCGGCCAUUUGCUGGACUUCUUGUUUACAUGUUUGUGUUGAUCAUGUAAACAAAACCAAGACUGUGACAUCAUCAGUUGGUACUUCCUGGAACUCUGAUCCAUCAUGGACGUUCAGGUGAAUGUAGUGAUGAUGUCAACCUGCCAGGUGUGUGUGUUUAUUUUGCAAUGAAGAACAAAAAGUGCCAAAAUUGGACACUCGUUUGUGCUCGGCCUGUGUUCAGGUGGUGCCACAGACAACCAGCAGAACACCAGGAACAUCACUUCCUGUUAUGGACUUUUCAAAGUAAAACCUGGGUGUGUAAUCUCUGAACAAUAAUCUUUGCUUUACAGACGUGUGAAAAUAAUUUCAGUUAUUAUUAAAAUGUUAUUAUGUGAACCUCU